GAUGGAUAAGAAACACAGAACUACUGUGCUGUUUUACUCCGUAACAAGUACUCCAUUGAUGGUCGGGUACGCGGGCGGUCAUUCUUCCCUUAACUUUUCAAAAGCAGCGAAGAAUCCGUCUCUGUCUCUCCACAUAUUCUCGCAACCUUCCCUGAAAGGCUUUCAUGCCCUUCUCUCUCUGUCCGAUAGACUAAUCAGCCGUAGACACACUGCGGCAAGCCGAUCCAAAUAAUUUCCAUUUAUUACUUGGAGCUAGCACAGUCGCGGAAGCAAAAAGGGAAUUCGCUUAAACAGAAGUUCUUGUUCAGUCUAAACCUAUAGACAUCAUCUGGGAAUGUUAUCUAUGAUGAGGGUAAGUCGUGAUUUUGGCAAUACAAUGCAACAAGGUGUGGUGCGGCCUGUUUCAGCUGAUGUAGUAUUCCAUUCGAGCCGAUUUCCAAAUUACAAAAGAGGGGCUAAUAACAAGAUAAUUGAGUUGAUGGAGGACUCCAAAAUAGUCUUGAUGAAAGAGAUGGUUGGUCGAGAGACUUCUCUUUUGCUUGAUCAGGAAAAACGACUCUCAGUUCGUGACCUAGCUAGCAAAUUUGAGAAAGGACUGGCUGCUGCUGCCAAAUUAUCCGAUGAGGCACGGCUUAAAGGAUCAGCUUCACUUGAGAAACAUGUUCUUUUAAAGAAGCUCCGAGAUGCACUUGAAUCUCUGGGAGGGCGCGUUGCAGGUAGGAACAAGGAUGAUGUUGAGGAAGCUAUUUCCAUGGUUGAGGCUUUAGCAGUUCAGUUAACUGAAAGAGAAGGAGAAUUGAUUCAGGAAAAGGAAGAAGUUAAAAAGCUUGCAACUUUUCUUAAGCAGGCUUCGGAAGACGCUAAGAAACUUGUUAAUGAAGAAAGAGCUUUUGCCAGAGCUGAAAUUGAAAAUGCAAGAGCAGCUGUUCAGAGGGUUGAAGAAGCCCUUCAAGAGUUCGAACAAAUGUCCCGAGCCUCAGGAGGACAACAGGAUUUGCAAGAAUUGAUGAAGGAAGUUCAAGAAGCUAGGCGUAUCAAAAUGCUGCAUCAGCCUAGCAAGGUGAUGGAUAUGCAACAUGAGCUUCAGGCAUUGAGAGCUCAGCUUCAAGAAAAAUCUGAGCACUCACAAAAGCUUCAGAAGGAGCUGGCUCUGAGAAAGAGGGAAAACUGCAAUACAGAAACCUCGUAUGAAAUAUAUGGCAGUGAAGCACUGGGUUCAUUUUUACAAAUUCAGCCUUGUUCAAGUGAAGCUCUAGAUGUUUCAGAAUUUUCAAUUCAGUGGUAUCGCUUGGCAUCCGAAGGGGGAAGAAAAGAACCCAUUUCAGGGGCUACCAAGCCUUAUUAUGCACCAGAGCCAUUUGAUGUUGGGCGCAUCUUGCAAGCUGAUAUGAUAUUGGAGAACCAAAUAGUAACUUUGACAACCACUGGUCCUAUAGAUCCAGCUGCCGGACUUGGAAACUAUGUUGAAGCAUUGGUUCGAAGGCAUGAAACUGAAUUCAAUGUAGUUAUUGUUCAGAUGAAUGGUGUGGAUCAACCUGUUCAAUCAAUCCAUGCACUGCACAUUGGAAAGAUGAGAAUAAAACUUUGUAAAGGGAAGAUGAAUGUGGCAAAAGAAUAUUAUUCUACUUCAAUGCAGCUCUGUGGAGUUAGAGGUGGUGGGACUGCUGCUGCUCAGGCAGCUUUUUGGCAAGCAAAGUCUGGGAUUUCCUUUGUGAUGGUUUUUGAAACUGAGCGUGAACGAAAUGCUGCUAUUAUGCUGGCCAGACGGUUCGCUUAUGAUUGUAAUAUUACCCUUGCAGGGCCUGAUGAUAGAACUGCUGUGUGAACUCACCAAGGCUUCUUAGAAUGUGUAAAUUGUACUGAUAUCCUAAUGUUAUUUAUUUAUUUGUUAAGUUUUGCCCUAGGGUUUUGCUUCCCUUCUGUUCUUUUUUUCCAUUUCUUCUUAGCUCAGGCAUUCUUUUAUUUGCCUCAGUUUGUUAUUUAUUAUUUAUUUUGUUUUUACUUUUUUGUCCACUGGAUAAAUGUGGUUGUCAUUACUAUACAUGGGUUGUAACUUGUAACAAUCUGUAGUACAGUACUACAGUUGCUGGCGUGUCUUAUGUAAUGGUGUGAAAUGUGUGAUUAAGAUGAUCUUUUCCCACAUUGUGAGGGAUUUUAGAUGUUUUGAUUUGAUAAUAUAAAUGUACUGUAUAUUUGUAUGUAUGGAACUUGAACUAAUAUGGCAUGCAUCAACCUAUCAAAGC